UCAUGCAGAACAUCUUAUCUUAAUAAUAACAAUUUUUUGAUUUGUUAGACAAAUAAGUAGAUGCCUAUAAGACAUUGCUUGAUCAGUUGAGUUAAAGUUAAGACAAAUUCAAUAAUCUACUUUAAGACUAUUUGCAAAAAUUUCAAACGAUCAAUAAUAAACUAGUCUAAGGCCGUCAAGAUUUUUCUUGCUCAUAAAUUUAGAUAAAAAGAAAUGAUGAGUUGUACACGCAUUCUUAAUUACAUAUAUAAUUCAAUUUAAGAUCUGUAAUUCUUAUUUUUUAAUGUAUUAGUUACUGGAGAAGCAAUAUAAAUACAAACUUACUUUAGCAGACUCCCUUGAAACUCCACUUUAUCGAGAUCGGAUAUUCUAAUUAAGAGUCGAACUAAAAAAUAAGAGUGGAGAUCUUGUUAAAAAUCCUAAUAAAAUUGAACUUGUUGUUGCUAUAUAUUCAUAAGAACAAUAUCCCAAGGAAAUCAAAGUUAAUAAUAAAGGAGAAUAGAUAUUGAAAGGUCAUUUGUGUGUGCCUCUUAUUAAAGGAACUGCUUUCUUUACAAGAGUUCAAAUUAGGGAAGUAUCUUCCCAUUAUUAAAAUGGCUCCAUUAUUUUAGCUAUUCUACCUUAAUUCAAAUCAAAUGAUGAACCCAUCAAUAGUAGAGAUGUUCAACCACUAAUAGUUGAGAAUAUUAAAGUUAAAGCAAAAAAAUUUUCAGAACGCCACAUUCCUGUAUAUGUAAAUUAAUGAUU